CUUAAGUCAACUGUCUUUGUCUCUUCGUGAGAUGCAAAAAAGGAACUGAGUCUGUAUUUAUUGGACGGCAGAAAAAUAAAGAAGAAGAGCAAGAACAUAUAGUGGCGUGGAAAGGUUUUUAUUUAGAACCAAAAGACCACGAUGAUGCGAAGAUGACGCCGUCGUGAAUCAUGUGCAGCUCCGCAAGCAGUUGAAUGGCACAUCACAAUUAUGACGACGCGCAUCAGGAAGAUGCAGCCGGAACAAGAACGACUUAAGUGAAGACCACGUGGAAUACGUUUAUUCCACGGUACCACAGGAGGAAGAUUUUUUCGCGAAAAGGACGACGCGCUGUUCCUUUUCCAUAAUUCAUCUUGCUAGCGCAAGCGACACGACCAGGACGACCAUGGUAUCAGGUCACCACCCGUCUAGCUCGUCCUCCUCCGCCGCCUCGGGGGAGUUUGCGGCUGGGCAGUUUCACUAUGCACUGCAAAUAUGUCUGGGUCUGGAAAUCUGUGAUGCUGAAUUGAGCAUGAUUGAAACGCUUGCAAUGGCAGCCAGGCAUGACAAGUUUUGGAGACGCCUGCUGAUGCCUACCACGCAUCACAAACUGCGUUUUUGCACGACAAAACAAGCUCCUCUUUUGCUGCUCAUGCAACACAGAUUUUCAUUUUCCAGGAAUGCAAGACACGCAUCACAAGUUCCACUGUUCCAGACCCAGACAUUUUUGCAUUUGAUAUUCACCCUGUGAAGACGAAAAACCUGACUAUGGACGAUCUGUACCCCAUUGCUAUCCUGAUCGACGAGCUCCGAUCGGACCACUUGUUUCAGCGAAAAAAUGCGAUCGAGAACCUGGCGACCAUUUCCCUUGCUCUGGGCCCAGAGCGGGUACGAGAAGAACUGAUUCCGUUUCUUACCGCGGAAGUGGCUGCUGACGAUGAAGAGGAAUUGCUCGUGGAACUGGCGGACCAGGUCUCAGAUAGCCGUUUUGUAUGGCGUUCUCAAACGUGGUUACAUUCUCAAUUGUAUACAUGAAUUUGUCAUGCAGAACUACCUUACGCCACCAGACGUCCAAGCUGCUUCGCAUGACAAAUCUCCGAAGGGGUAAACAGCAUGUAAAUCUGUGAUGCGAAAGCAGCAAGCUUGCCCCUUUGCCUGUUGCUGUUCUUGCAUUUUUACUAAUUCGUGUAACAGUUGUGAAUGUAAAGUUUGAGAACGUGAUAUUUUGUGUUGGAAUUCUGUGGGGGGAUACAGUAUGGGAGCUGCUUAUGGAAGUGUCAGAAUCGAAAUCGACAAAAUCGAAAAACUUGUGAUGCACAAAAUCGAUGCCCCUUAGAGCCACAGUUUGUAGUCGGCGCAUGGCAAAUUCUCCCCGUCCUGGAAGCGAAUCUGUCAUGCGGUUUAGGGAAAAAGAGCUGCCUUCUGUCAUGCUAGUCAGCAGCCCAACACCUAAGCCUUACCAGGACUACAAUCCGCCUUCCUUGCAUCCUCUGCAAUAGAGUCGCUUUUUGCGUAGCAUUUUAUGGCAUAAAAUGCUACGCAAAAAGCAAGAAAAUUGAAAUGAUCUGUAAUGCAUAAUAUGCAUUACAGAUCAUUUCAAUUUUGUCAAUUUCGAUCCUGACACUCCCAUACUGCUUGAUACCAGUCUUGGAAGAAUUGGCCAACAAGGAAGAAGCAAUAGUGAGGGGGAAGGUAUAAAAUGUUUGUUGUCAGAUCAGUAGAGAGACCAUAGAGUUGUCAACAACAACUUCUUGUGUGUUUUUCUUGUGACGAACGAGUGGGAAUGAAUUAUGUGACCCCACCCCAUAAGCAUGAAAUACAAAUGAAAAUCAAAUGCAAUCUAUUUUCAGGCCACGGCGGGUUUGCAAAAAAUCAUGAACUUGAUUCCCGAGUUUUACAAGCAGCAGGCAGCGAUGGACCCAGGAUCUCAGCAUCAAACGUCGUCUACCUCGCUAUUUGAGGAGUUCGCGUCCCUGACCCACCGCUUGGCCCAGCACGACUGGUUUACGAGCAGAAUGAGCGCGCUAGCGUUGCUACCGACGAUUAUACCCAUAAGUCGGUGGUGGAACCAAAAUUUCGGCCCGACGGCGUCUAGCGCGGCCAGUGGAGGAGUGGAUAGUAACGGUGCUGGGGAGCAGCUGCAGCCACCCGAUCCGCCUGAGUUUGAAUACCUGGCGGCGUACGCCAGGCUAUGCCGCGAUGACACUCCCAUGGUCAGGAGAGCUGCCGCGGCGCAGUUUGUCACAGUAUAAGAAUAAGAAAUUAUGAUUAUCAUAAAAAAUUUUACUUACAUAGGUAAGUGACCGGGGCGGGUUCCUUGUGUCACGAAUCCAUAAAGCAUAUCAGAUCUGCAUGAGAUGAACAAAAGAACCUGUAUUCUGUGUGCGAACAAGUCCUGUGCAUGACAAAUUUUCAAAUUCCAGUAAACCAACCAGGUCGCCGACGUUCUGCUGACUUCACAAGGGAUGUCCAGAGGUGGACAAAGCGAUAGCAUCAACACCGGCGCUGGGAUAAGCACCACUCCGCCGGCGAUUCAUGAGCAAUUGAAUCAGCUGAUGCAGCUUCUAGCCGAGGACGAGCAGGACUCUGUGCGGGUUUUGGCAAUACAAAACGCGAUCUACUGCAAGGAUAAGCAGGUCCUCCUCAAGUCCGUCGCGGAUAUGCAGUGCAAACAUGUCUGGGUCAGGAAGGAUGCAGAUUUUUGUCAUGCUGUUUUUCCAUAACCAAGGAGGUCUGGCAUGCAAGGCCCAGCAUUACAGGUUUUGAGCAGGUGCCUCGAUACCUAAUCCGGUGACAAAGUGAGCAGCCUGUUUUGCUGUCUAGGCAUAAGAGAUUUUUUGUGUGUUGAAAAAUGCGCAUUACAAGUUGCACCAUUCCAGACCCAGACACAUUUGCAAUGCAUAGGGGACAAGUCCUGGCGAGUGCGGUACAUGAUGGCGGACUUUCUCCCGGAAAUUUUGCUGAAGCUCUUCGUCCCAGGUUUGUUGAAGGAAAUUGAAGACUAUCCACAGUAAAUUUCCCGUACACGACGACGUACCAAUGCGGUUUCUGCAUGACAAAACUUGGCUCCGAUCCUAGUUUAGCAUGACAGGCGUUACAUUCCAAGUUCGGUGAAGUUUGUGAUGCACCUUGUACAUGUACGGGAAAUUUGUAUUGCAUAAAGACAACGACCUGCAGCUUGAAGAGGACCAACAGGAUCGAACAGCCUCGAACGCACUGGAGGCGGUAUCACAUGCAAAAGUACGGUACGGCAUUCGUAGUCGUACGAAUUGCAGAUACGCAUGAAAAAUCUGUGAUGCUACGGCAUGCAUCACAGACAUCAUUGGUCAUGGAAAAUAUGCAUGACAAACAAGGUCCACGCGUGGGGACAGGGUCCCCACGCUGGGGCCUUGUGCGCAUCCCUAGUGGCGCGAGUGGAGGAACAUUGCUCGGCAUCGCGGCGGACAGAGUCCGCCCCUCGCCUCACAUCAGGCGCGCGCGCAGUGGCUUAGUUCGCAAAGCGGUAGUGGGGGAAGGGUGUUCGGCAUCAGUGCGGACAGUGUCCGCCCCUCGGCCUCGCCUCGCAUCAGGCGCGCGCAUAGUGGCUUAGUGCGCGAAGCGCUACAGCCGGGCGCAGGGUGUUCCUUCGGCAACGGGGCGGACAAUUCGAAACCACCCCGGGAAAAGCAGUCCGGUCUCAAAGUCACAGUUGCCUUUGUGCAUCACAGGUCGGAGACUUCCCUCUCAUGGCGGUAUGGAAUUUCUACGCCGCCUCCUGCAGGAGCCAAGGCGAUGGCGUAGAAAUUCGAAGCCGCCGCCGAAAAAGAAACUCGAUUGCAGCAUUGCUUUUGUGCAAUACAGAUCGGAGACUUCGUGUUCAGGAUGGUAGGGCAUUUCUACGCCCCAUUCCUGGCUCCGCACGGCAUUCGUAGUCGUACGGAUUGCAGAUACGCAUGACAAAUAUAACGCGCCCAACGAUUAAAUCCAAUAAAACUUUCAAAAAUGUUACGUACCUUCGCAAAGCGACCUACUGCAAGUAGGUCACACGACACAUAGCCGAGUUGGUCAUAUUGUAGCGAAGGCAGACACAAACUGCUAUUAGCCCGCUAUCGCACAACUUGGGUCGCUACCAGAUACGGGAUCCGCAUAGCCUGCUAGCCGUUUGGUAGGGGGCGCCCCACAGGCUCUAGAGCCCCCACGACCGAGACACCUGCCACCCGCCACGUUGGUGCUCUAGGCCAGGCAAGCGGGUGGCCCGCUCUGUGCAAGGACGGAAGCUGCUAGGGAACAAGGCCUAUCGCGCGCCCGCCUGCCGAAGCGAGUUGGGCGUGUGUGUGUUUUUAUGAUCGGCUCCAUGUGUCGAGCCGGUUCCUUACGUGGAACACACUUGUUCGACCCUGCUUUCGUAUUUCCUCGCCCAGGGCCGACGGAGCAGGCUGGUAGACAAACUCCGCUGCCUUUGUGCGGGUACGUGAGGCCUUCGUAGUCGUACGGCAUUCGUAGUCGUACGGCAUUCGUAGUCGUACGGAUUGCAGAUACGCAUGACAAAUCUACGCACCUUUAUCGAGCUGAAUCCAAUCAGCAUGACAAACCUGAGUGUAUUUUUUACACUGAGUAAAAAUAAAUUCAAGUUUGUGGAGGUGCAAUUAUUCCUACGUAGUGGUGCGGUUGUACUCUUGCAAUGCAUAAACAGACUAUGUCGGCAAGAUUUUAGAGAAACUACUCACAGACAACGAGCCGGAAGUCAGGAGCUUGGCCGUCUUCAAAUUGCCAAGCGUCGCGAAGGUACACACUAUACGUUGUAAUGUAGUUCAAGAUGAAGAUUUUUUUUACAUUUUCAUUUGCCACUACUUUCUGUUUUAUUGAUUCAUACCAAGUUGUAGUUGUGUCCAAAUCCUAACCCACCAAGCCCCCGGUUGUGAAUGAACGGCGACCAUUUAUUACAGCUAGUACCACGCCAGAAGAAAAAAUGUCAGGAACGAAGGGGAGUAUAAAAAUCAAAACCAGGUUCUCGCUGACAGCGAUGCGGCAAAUAAGCAGAAUAAUGGGGAGAUCACACCUUCUCCCAUCUCCCUGGACACCAGCGAAUUGGCCGCAGGUAGGCAGUGCAAAAGCAUCGUCGUGCUCGGACUAAAAAUAGCAAAAGCUACCCGGUGCAUGAAGGCAGUAGAUCUGUUUUGCUGUCUGUGGUUGAUUCAUCUGCGCGACACAACAUCCUUCAUCUACGGUUUGGAGAUUAUAUGAUGUUGCUCCAGAACUCAAAUUGUUGUUAUACGAAUCUAGAAGUUGCUCGCGCGAUGCGUUUGCGCAUUGCAUACCAGGUGGUUCCGAUAACCAGUUUCCCCAAGCGUCGCAGUUGACGACGCUGAUCCAACAGCACCUGCAGAAACUGACCAAGGAUCCGAGUCAACAGGUGCGACAGGAACUUUCGAAGGCGGUGCUAAAACUCUCUCCCUACGUCGGGAAACACGUCACGGUCACCAUUCUCACGAAAAUCAUCCUGGAGCUGAUUCGCGACGAGUCGUCGGAUGUGCGGCUACAGCUGAUCCAGCAUCUCCCGCACCUGGCCAAGGUAAUCCGAGUGUCCCUCCUGAACGAAUCCUUACUGCCAGCACUACAAGCUCUGUUAUCCCACGAAAAAACUGUUUCACUGUGAUGGCUUUGCAAGAUCUGCAUCACAAGUUUGUUACACAUGACACAGAAAAUUUGCCAUGCGCGCUUCCCAAGGGAAAAAACGCUAAAAAAUCCAAUGUCUUGCAGGUGUAGCAAGACAAAUCGUUCUGUGCUCCAUUCUCUGCAUCACAAGUUCACAGUGAAGCAGUUUUUUCGUGGGAUAUCUGUCGUGCGACAAGCAGUGGCGGGUGCGGCUCGCGGUCUUGGAGUGCUGCCCCGUUCUGUGUCCACAAAAAAAGACACAUCUGUCCACAUGCAAUUUCUCAUGCAAAACAUGCAGUAAGGUCUGCGUUUGUGAUGCAAAAUACGGAUCAUGGGGAAGAUGGAUCUUUUUCUGUGGAUAUUCUGGCCAAGGUGCUGGGGGAGGAUGUUUUUACCGAGCAUUACCCACAGUAAAUUUCCUGUACAACACGUACAAAUGCAGUCUCUGCAUGACAAAACACUUGCCUUCAGUCCUAGUCUAGCAUGACAAGUUGCACACUGCAAGUUAGCGAAAUUUGUCAUACAUUUUGUACAUGUACGGGAAAUUUACAUUGCAUAAGCACAUUUGGUACGCACUGAAAAACAGCGCGCAGGCCGUUGCGGCAGGAACAGCUGCUAUCACAAGAAAAAGUGUUAACGUUAAUGGAAUUUGUGAUGCAGUAACGCAUCAGAAAAGGUGCCCAAAUUUGUAUUGCGCAACAUGCAUGGAAGGCACAAUUUGUAAUGCAUAGCUGCCAUCUGUGAAAACCGUUAACGUUAACACUUUUUUGUUUGAUAGCUGCUAGUACCCAAGCAGGAUCAACAGCAGCCACUUCAUCGGGCGAUGUGAAUACUAGCACGACGAUGAUGAGCCAGCAAGGCAUGACAACGUCCAACAACACGAUGCCACCAAACCCCAACACUGCCGCCUCCUCGAGUACCACAAAGACCUGGCUGGGCGACCCGGUCUACCUCGUGCGAGAAGCAGCCUGCGACUCACUAAUAUCCUGUGCAAAAGUAUCGUACUCGUAGUGAUUGCAUUUACGCAUUACAAGUCUUUCUGUUAAGGCAUAUCCGCAUUACAAAUUCAAACUUGUAAUGCUAAGGAAAUUUGUAAUGCAAUUCAUACGUAGUACGAUAUUUUUGCGAUUCAUAACUAAAGAAGCUCGGCAACAUUCUGGGUACCACCUGGACCAAGGAGAACGUGUUGCCGGAGAUCGAGAAGUAUCCUGUGCAAAAGUAUCGCACUCGUAGUAAUUGCAGUCAUGCACUACAAAUCCUUUUCGUCAGGCAAGCCCGCAUUACAAAUUUCAUUUCUCAUGCUGAGGAAAUUUUCAUUUCUCAAUGAAAUGAUAAUGAACUGAAAUGCUGCGGAAAUUUGUAAUGCAUUUGCACGAGUACGAUUUACUUUUGCGAUUCAUAAGAAGGACCUGAUCUCGCACGAAAACUACCUGCUUCGUAUCCACGCUGGAAAUUUACCGCACUAGCACCACGACGCUCACGCUGACCAAGCCUGUUCAACACACCACCGGGCUCUUGUUCUCGUAGUGCGUUAGUUGUUAUAAAAUACAGAACAGCAUCAUGAGAGCCGCCCUUGCCUCUUCUGACAUUGCUAGCUGUUAGUUUUCGAUGAAAUUAUUAUCUCUGUUGAUCACACUUUGAUGUACGUACGCGGAGAUGUCUACUCUGAUGUGGUAAAUUUGUGUUGCAUACUUCGCGUGACGGCGAUACAAGCGUAUCAAUUGUGAAUUAUGAAAAAUCUGGGUCUGGACUACGAAUAUUAAACAUGCAGCUGAUCAUUUGUUGCCGCGACUUGUAUGCUGAUACUUGCAACAUGAACAUGCCAGAGUGGUCUCUUUGAUACGACACGAGGAAAUGGCAAGGAGGUUUUCGAGGUGGUAGGUUAUUGGAGGUCCAAUAAACAACACUAAUACAUGACAAAGUGCCCCCCUGGUCGACGUGCACUCCUCUCCAAGCAUUACAAAUCUUCUGCAUCUGCGUCGUUUGGAUCUACAAUAACAAAUCCAGACUGAGAUGACACAUAAUUUGCAAAAAUGCAUAAUGCGAUGGCAAAGAUGAUUCAGAUCGAUCCCGCGAAUUACGGCGAGAAAGACGUGGAGGAAGUGCAGGUACUGGUUUUGAUGCGUGCAUCGCAUGACAAACAAUUACACCGAUGCGGUUUCCGCAUGACAGAUGCCUUUUUUAUGGAUGUAGUAACAAUUGCUCACCAUUUACAUUCCAGUUCCGCAUCGCCGACAAAAUUCUGUCCCUCGCCGAGGAUCCCGUUCCGAACGUACGUUUCAACGUCGCUAGAGUUAUCCAAGAUAAUAACAAAGCUGUGUCAGUGUAACUCACUACUAUGUGCUGCAAAAGUACAUGGAAGAUAGAGGCGCCUGUCAACAUGCUGAAACUCCAUUUAGAGAAGAGGCAGUUGUUUACAUGAAUAACUUCACGUAUAUGAUGGCGCAUCGGUUUUCCUUUUCUCUGACAUGCGAUUUAAAUUUGUGUUGCUAAUCAUGAAAACAAGAUUUGACUUGAGAAGUAGAAGUACACUGACGCAGGAUCUCUUUCCUUGGACAAGCGCCUUACCGCAGUUACUCCAAGCGCUAGCAAUGGAGAGUGAUUUUCUGCAGCGGCGGGCCGUGGAAACGCUGUAUCAAAUGUAAAAAUGUCUGCGUCUGGAAGAAUGCAAGUUUGUCAUGCUUGUCUGGCAUGACUCUUAAAUCUGUCAUGCACAUUACCAAAGAGCCCCACUUUUGUGUCAUGCAGAAACGUAGUUUGUCAUGCAGAAUAGGCAACACCUAGAAGCUCAGAAACUUGUCAUGCUGAGCCAGCAAUUGUGGCCUUCUCAUGUAACGCCACACAGCAUCAGAAGUUUCCAGACCCAGACAUUUUUACAUUUGAUACGCUGGAAAACCUGGCAAAAUCGGACUCCGAUCCGGAUGUCGCGCAUUUCGCGAGUCAGAGUCUGGAAACGGUGUUGGCGCGUUGAUAUAGAUGCGGAAGUUGCAUCUGCAGUGGUCCGGUGUGCUGAAGCAGGUCGUGCGGUCUUUCACGACGUGCAGUUCCUUUGGGAUUGUCUCUGCGGGUGGUUGAUCGCAACAGAAAGAGAAACGAUUUUGGUUUUGCUCUGAUGAUUGUUUCCCGCCCAGACGUUGUCGUUGUAGGAGCAUCCUGAUUUUGGUUUGCCCUCGCGACAUCAUUUAUCAAUCUCCCGCACGCAGAGGAACACGCGGAACAUCGUUUGUUUUACUGUGAUUCAGAAGAUUUUUAGCGCAGUGCAAACCGUUCUGACCCUCUUCGCCCGCUUUCGUCUGAAUUUCAUAUCGCAGAACAAGUUAAGCAACUUCUACUGAAGACCGCAGCUGCUGCUUUCAAAUAUUUGCAAUUUAAUCCUAGUUUUUUCUUUUUGAGGUAUCUAAUUUGAUUACUUAUUUUGAUUUUUCCGUGGACGAAAAGAAAACCAUACUGCAAGGACGUAUUUUUCUUGAAAAAAAAGUAGAGGAGUUCUACGCGCUGGCGGAGAAACAAGUAGAUGGAGAUCGACCGGGGAGUGAGUGUCAAGAAUGAAGCGCGAAGAACAACAAAUUCGCCAGUAG